AGCGACUCCAUAGCUGUUUACGCGCAAUGGCUCGGAGUUUUGUCAGCCCUCUCUUUCAUAUUGACGAGAGUUUACUGGAUCAUCGCAUACGACAGCUUUAGCAGCAAUUCGAAAAAACUCCAAACACUGGGUCGACUAUUGGAUAUGAUCUUCUUCCCCCUCUGCCUAUUUUUAAUGGAGACGCCUCCCAGCCUCCGCCGCUGGCGCGUGAUCUUCGGCAUCAGCCUGGGCUAUUGCUACGCCCGCUCGAUGCUAGGCUUCGUGAUGUCUAUACCCAACCUAUCCCACAACGUGCCGGCAGGCAUCGUCAUGUUCUUCGGCAGCUUCGUCGGGAUCGCGCUGUACUUCUCCCUGUCCGGGAACAUGCUGCUCCGCGGCGAGUCGGAGGACUUCUAUUCGUGCCGCUCGCGGGCGCUGUUCUACGCGGGAUACACGUUUUCCGUAGCCGUGGGCGGGCGCGGGAAACCGAUAGACCCCCCGUACGCCUGCACCAUAUCCCCGCUCUGGUUCCUCCGCCCGGGACGGGUUCUCGCGCUCAGGUGGUGGUCCGGCGCGACGUGCUGCGUCGAGCUGGCAGAGGUGCUUGCGGCGGCGGCGGCGCUCGCAUAUUUCGUCGCGUGGUGGGCUGGGCAUGACUAUGUGUUUACGCGGACGCUGGGGGGCCCGGGGGUCGAGCUCAUGCCCAGGGUGAGUGUUGGGCUGGCGCCGCGCGAUGACUCGAUAGGGCAGGAUGAGGGGAGGAUUAUGUUGACUUGAUUAUAUAGGUACCUAGGUAGGUACCUAAGGUAUACUGUGUGGCUGGCGAUGGGAGUCUUGAUUUAGAUGCCGGUAUUAUAGGGUAAAGGGGAAAAGAGCAAAGGUAGAAGAGUCUUGAUAAUUUAAUAUGACAGCUCAGCCUUGUCAA